CACUCCCAGACUCAGCUGAAAUAUCUUGAGCGACACAGCUGGACGCAGACACGCAGACACGCAGACACGCGGCCAGGGCUGUGAUGUCGCACACUGACAGCUGGGCUCGCCCCGACUGUCACACAUGCACGUCCCAUCAUGAAAGCGGCCGCGGGAACACACAUGCACAUUCAUGACGCACACAGCCCUCUCUUGUCUCCCUCUGUCCCCACCUCUUCCCAACGCUCCGAGCCGCCGGCCAGCCCCCAGGGCCAGCCUGCCCUUUUCUCGGAGGAAGUGGCUGAUGCAAGAUGUCCAGGAAAUCUCUUCCCUUCCAACCUGGUGUCCGCAACCUUCCGCUCAUACUCUACCUACUACACAAAGGAGAACGGAACCUAUGUGAAGGCGGAGGGUGAGGUGGAGGGCAUGAACAUCCUGGGCCUGGUGGUGUUUGCCAUCGCGUUUGGCGUGUGCCUGCGGAAGCUGGGGCCCGAGGGGGAGCUGCUCAUCCGCUUCUUCAACUCCUUCAACGACGCCACCAUGGUGCUGGUCUCCUGGAUCAUGUGGUAUGCCCCCGUGGGCAUCUUGUUCCUGGUGGCCAGCAAGAUCGCGGAGGGGGACGACGUGGGGAAGCUCUUCGCCAAACUCGGCAAAUACAUCCUGUGCUGCCUGCUGGGCCACGCCAUCCACGGGCUCCUGGUGCUGCCCCUCAUCUACUUCCUCUUCACUCGGAAGAACCCCUACCGCUUCCUGUGGGGCAUCGUGACACCGCUGGCCACCGCCUUCGGGACCGCCUCCAGCUCCGCCACUUUACCGCUGAUGAUGAAGUGCGUGGAGGAGAAGAACGGCGUCUCUAAGCAUAUCUGCCGCUUCAUCCUGCCCAUCGGCGCCACGGUCAACAUGGACGGAGCCGCGCUCUUCCAGUGCGUGGCCGCGGUGUUCAUCGCCCAGAACAAGCAGCUCCCCUUGGACUUCGUGAAGAUCAUCACCAUCUUGGUCACCGCCACAGCAUCCAGCGUGGGCGCUGCGGGCAUCCCUGCUGGAGGCGUCCUCACCCUGGCCAUCAUCCUUGAGGCGGUCGGUCUGCCGGUUGACAUCUCCUGGAUCCUGGCUGUGGACUGGCUAGUGGACCGGUCCUGUACCGUCCUCAACGUGGAAGGCGACGCCUUUGGGGCGGGCCUCCUCCAGCAUUACGUGGAUCGGACGAAGCCCGCGAGCUCGGUGCCCCAGCUGGUGGAGGUGAAGACGUGCGUGGAUCCGAUGCCCGUCCCCUUUGAGGAGGGGAACCCCCUCCUCAAAAGCUACCCGAGACCUGCUGCGGAUGCUGACCGCCUGGAGAAGGAGUCCGUCAUGUAAGCCCGGUCGGGGCCUUCCCUGCCCAUGGAGCACUUUGGACAUUCAGAUCACACCAGAUGGAUAAAGGGACACUCCGGGGAGCCAGGGGCCCAGCCUCCCUCCCCUGCCCCAGGUCGGUGAGGCUUUGCUGCUAGGACCUAUGUGUAUGUGGGUGUGAAUGUCUCCCCAAACCUCCCUGAUCUCAACUCCUGCCCCCGCCCAAGGUUACAAAACAGCAAAUGGAGAAGUGGCGUCCUGGCCCCCCAUCUCAGGGCGUGGCACAGGGCACAGGUCGCCACGUGGAACUGUGGCCUCUUUGAUGGGAUGUUCCCACAUGUGCUGGCUCCUUUGCUGGUUAUUGUGGUGGGUGUGGGCGUGGGUGUGUGUGGGUGCUGUGACUCCACGGUACGCUCCACCCUGUCCCGGGAACUCUGGGUAGGGGGAGACUGAGGACAAACACUGCUCUCACUCCAGAGGACAUUUUUUAGCAAUAACCUUGCCAAGCCCUAACCAGUUUUCUCAGUGGUUAGAGCGUCCGUCCCAUGGACUGAAGGGUCACGGGUUCGAUUCCGGUC